GUAGAGUGGUUCUGGUGAUUUAGCUCUCUCUGGUAUCUCUUUGCCUUCGCGGUUGUUGCCGUACGGCGCUGCCUGUUGUGACUAUGGUGUAUUUGUGCAGUCAGGCGCAGGCCCAGAGCCGUUCUUAUGUCAGUAGUUAGCGCUCUACAGAACUGCUGCCCGUGUUGUCCUGUAGUACAACUCUCCCAUAGGCCUGUUGGGUUUGUGUCUUCACUCUAUAAUGUCACUGUCGGGCUCGGCUAAAUUCCAGUUACUGUGAGCUUGUAAAAUGCAGCUUUUCGUCAGAGGGCAGAGUCUGCACACCCUAGAGGUGUCUGGACAGGAGACUGUUUCCCAGAUCAAGGAUCAAAUCUCCUCUCUGGAGGGAAUCUCUUCUGAGGAUCAGGUUGUUCUCCUUGCUGGCUCCCCACUUUCUGAGGAACAUACCCUGCAACAAUGCGGCGUAUGUGAUCUCAGCACCUUGGAUGUAGUUGCACGGCUGUUGGGAGGUAAAGUCCACGGCUCUCUCGCUCGUGCCGGAAAAGUGCGAGGCCAAACUCCAAAGGUGGCCAAGCAAGAGAAGAAGAAAAAGAAGACUGGCCGGGCCAAGAGACGCAUGCAGUAUAACAGACGCUUCGUCAAUGUCGUACCCACCUUUGGCAAGAAGAAGGGACCUAAUGCCAACUCUUAAAUGAUCAGAGUUCAAUAAACAGCUGAAGCUCA